AGGAGAAUAAAAGGGGAAGCCUAUAAUCUCCAUUAAUUAUUUUUCUCUUUUCUCCUUCUUGAUCGGCCAUGUCGCCGUUGUUUUUGCUUUCCGGCAUUAUUUUGAGUACUUUUGUAGCAUCCUGUGCCGGUAAUUUCUACCAAGAUGUGGCUGUAACAUGGGGCAAUGGCCGUGGCAAGAUUCUGAACGGAGGAAAUCUUUUGUCGCUAAGCCUUGACAAGGAGUCCGGCUCUGGUUUUCAGACCAAUCAAGAAUAUCUCUAUGCCAAAUUUGAUGUGCAAAUGAAAUUAGUCCCCGGAAACUCCGCCGGCACCGUCACUACCUUCUAUUUAUCAUCUCCUCCGGGGGGAGAUCAUGAUGAGAUUGAUCUGGAGUUCUUGGGAAAUUCUAGUGGUUCGCCUUAUACUUUGCACACAAAUGUGUACGUUGGAGGGAAAGGAAAUAGGGAGCAAGAAUUUAACCUUUGGUUCGAUCCAACUCAAAGAUUUCACUUAUAUACCAUACUAUGGAGUCCCCAUCGCAUCAUUUUAUUAGUAGAUAACAUUCCCAUAAGGGUAUUCGAGAAUAAAAUCGGAGUACCAUAUCCUAAAACCAAACCGAUGUCGGCUCGGGCAACUCUUUGGGAUGCAGACCAAUGGGCGACCCAGGGUGGCCGAGUCAAAACCGACUGGUCCAAGGCUCCUUUUACUGCCUACUAUAGCAACUUGAACAUACAGACGACUCGUUCUGUUGGAAGCAAAGCUUGGCUCAAGAGGGGACUCAGUAGAAAAGAUCGAAAAUGGAUCAGAUGGGUUCGUAAAUAUCAUAUGAUUUAUGACUAUUGUAACCGGUCUAGUGGCAUUGACCGUCGUGAGUGUCUCAAAUUCUAAAUAAUUAAUUUCUAUUUUCUGGUUUUUGUUUUUA